AUCAUGCCACAUGAAAAGCACGAGUUUUGCGUGACUUUUAUUGCUGGCACUUGAAAGGACCUUCGUAUUUCUUACGGAUUUUUGACAAAGAGAAAAGGAGAAUGGAGUAUAUGACCGUGAUCUCGUUUUUCUUCAUACUUGUGGCACAGGCAGAAUCUACACCGUGUCCAGUACCAGACGACAUUCCUAACGGCGAAAAAGUUUAUACUGGGACAAGUGUCACCUACACAUGCCGUAAAGGUUACGUUAUUUCUAGCGGAAACGCAACUCGAACUUGCUCGGGCGGAACAUGGAGUGGCACGUUACCAACUUGCACAGACAUGGACGACAUUUUCAGUUUCGAGUGUGAUAUGGCCGGUACAGUCACGGCAGUCAAUCCGGACCCUUCAAGUCUGAUAUGGGCUCAAGCCUCUAAUGAAGACGGACCGUGUGAUACUGAAUUUGCUGCCGGAAAUGCGUCUGUUAUUAUCAGUGGUUGUUCAGCGGACAAAGUGAUAUCGUUGGUACUUAGCCCAUACAGCACAGUAAUACCUACGCUUAUUAUGAACGACGUAAAAUUCUACAACGUCACGUGUAAAUCGAUACCCCAUGACGGCAUUCUCGUCGUUGUCACUGACAGCACGUGGAUAAAAAAUAAAGUGAGAACAUCCCAUGAACCGUAUGCACAACCCGGGGUUAUCAUCAAUUCGGGCAUAGAAGGAGUUAGAGCCUAUGCCGUUAAUGAAACUGUGCAGAAUCAGACAGUACUAAUCAACGAGCUGAUCCAUUGGAAGUUGUUUGUACCAGAACCGUAUCUUAUCCAGCCACUUAAUUGUACAGCCUAUUCCGGUGAAAUAGACGCCGCUGGUUCGAAAAAGUCUUUAGAUAUUAUCGAGCUUGGUUGCACACUGGACCCCAGUCUUGUCUCAGACUUCCGGAUUGGGAAUACGCAGUCAGAGGUAAUAUCGGAUUUGUAUGCAUUCCGAUUUGCUGGAAGCGAAAAGGUGGAUAUAGUGUGCAGCGUCAAGGUCUGCCCUAAUGGAAGUUCGGCAUGUGACUUUACAUGUGACGACAGAAAAAGAAGGAGCGUCCCAUACAUAUCUUCUGCAAAUGACUAUAACGAAGCUGUGACCGCGGCUGAGGAAUCAGUAAAGGGGAGAUAUGCUCGAGAUGCCGACGUGACUGGCACUAGGACCGCUAGACUUAGCUUGAGAGUUAUUGGGCCGCCGAACGUUGGACUUGAAAACAUGAACUUCUUUAGCGGUUCCACACCGCGAGUCACCUACCGGACAGCUACAUUGAUCUUAGCUGCACUUAGCCGAUUAAUACGCGUCUAAAGCCAAAGCCAUGAAACUUCUUUAUUUCAUUACAGUCUUUUGGUUUUACAAAUAAAUUAAUACAAAUCAG